CACCAAAGGCCAGGUCUACCUUAUCAUUGCGACUUUUCUAUUUCAACAUCUUAACUCAAUUCAAUAUUUCAAACUUCAUAACUCUCUUUUGAAUUAUUCAGAGUCGCGUGUAGAUCAAUUACACUACUUUCUUCUUCACAAUGGUAUGUUCUUUUAUUCCGAGUUCUUUUGUGUCAUAACCAUCCCACAAUACCACAAAACUUCCCUUCCUUAUUCCUAUCUAUAUCCCCGUGCCGCGACACCAGCCAAUACAUUACUGCAGCUACUAACAAAUAUGCAAACUAGUCAUCCCCAAGAUCGGCAUCCCCAGCCAACAGCCCAGUAGCAGCAGCUUCGGGUAGACCUUCCAGCCCAACACCUCCUGGUGGCCCAAAGACGGCAAUUAGAAGACGGGCGGCGGCGGAUCAGAAGGAUAAGGUUGCGAAUGCUAGGCCGAGUAGUACGAGGGCGGCGGGUGCGGGCGGUAGCUCGAGUACUAUGUUGAGUGAGUGAUUUUCUUUCCGUUAGGAAUAGGGAAGAUGGCAGAUGGAAGACGAGAAAUAGAGGAUGAUGAUGCGUACGUGGGAAUGAGGAGCGAGAGGAGAGAAGGUGCGUGAUAUGGGGCUGUGGGUGGAGGUGUGAGUUAAAAGGGAGAGAAUGGGUGUCUUGUUUGGAGUUAUGGUUAUACUUUCAGAGAGAAGUAUAAUUUGUAACUUCAGGCGUGGCGCAUACUCGAAUUUUCCCGAAUACUUCUCUCGUUCGUCCGAUCCAAUUAUCUCAAUAUUGGGAUUGCAAGCCACUGCAGAGAGUCUCAAGCCUUGAUCAGAAUUCUUCCAGCACUUGUGCGAGUCGCUUUGAAUCGGGUGCACGAGUAGGGUUGUGGUUCUACGAUUUAGGAUUAUAGAUUAUGGUGGUAAUAAUUUUAUGUUCGACAAUCAUACUGACAUGAAAUGAAAACAGGACUUUACACCGAUGAAUCUCCAGGAUUAAAGGUCGACCCUGUCGUUGUCUUGGUUCUGUCUCUCGUCUUCAUUUUCAGCGUUGUUGCCCUUCACAGUAAGAUAUUCCCAAAUCUGCUCCCAGUUAUGAUCUUUUACUAACGUCAUAUCCAGUUAUUGCAAAGGUCACUCGCAAAUUCUCUUCUUAAAUUUGGUCUUUAAAACGUUGGAGCAGAGAACAUAGGAGCGCCAUCGAUGGACUUUGGUGGGGGGAAGCGUCAAAAAUGAUGCUUAGGAAGUUUUAUGUUGGGUGAAGUAAAGGGGGGCAUUUACGGUGCCUUUGUAUUAUAAGCAGUCUUCAAGGGAUCAAAAGAAUUGAUGGGCAUUUACUUUCGGGCUCUACUGCCAGCUUGUGAUGUUCUUGAUGGUGGAUAUGGCGUAGUUAUGGUUUAAUGAAGGAGAUUUAGCGCAAUUAUCUCACUUUGCUGUUAUAUUUCAUUUAAGAAAGCGUAAUUUAAUAUAGUGCAACGUUCUAUAUAUGGUA